AUGGCAAAAGAUCUCCCUGGAGGACAUUUCAUCCGAAGAAGGGAUGUUCGCUCACGAUCCCUACUAGAACAUACUUGCAACAACAAGCGUCUGGACCUUGUCUUCAUCAUUGACAGCUCUCGCAGUGUACGUGCUUACGACUUUGAAAAAGUGAAGGAGUUCAUUUUAACCAUCUUGCAGUUUCUGGACAUCAGUCCUGAUGCCACCCGCGUAGGUCUGAUUCAGUACGGCAGCACAGUCAAACACGAGUUUUCGCUGAAGACGUUCAGGAGGAAGCAGGAUAUCGAAAGAGCAGUGAAGAGGAUGAUGCACCUGGCAACUGGCACCAUGACUGGGCUGGCUAUUCAGUAUGCAGUGAACAUUGCAUUUUCCGAGUCAGAAGGAGCUCGACCUCUGAAGCAGAAUGUGCCUCGAAUUAUCAUGAUAGUGACAGAUGGGAGGCCUCAGGAUCCAGUGGCAGAUAUUGCCGCUAAAGCACGUAACUCCGGAAUCCUGAUUUUUGCCAUUGGAGUAGGAAGAGUAGAUAUGAACACGCUGAAGUCCAUUGGGAGUGAACCGCACGAAGAGCAUGUGUUUCUGGUUGCUAAUUUCAGUCAGAUUGAAACACUGACCUCUGCCUUCCAGACUAAACUUUGCGUGCCCCAUAUGUGCAGUACAGUUGAGCAUCGCUGUGAUCACUUCUGCAUAAACACCCCUGGCUCCUAUGUAUGCAGAUGUAAACCAGGAUACAUUCUGAAUGCUGAUGAGAAGACUUGCAGCACUCAGGACCUUUGUGCUGUGGAGAAACAUGCCUGUGAGCAGAUUUGUGUGAACACACCUGGGUCUUACGUCUGUCAGUGUUAUGAAGGGUAUGAGCUUGAUGCAAAUGGAAAGAAUUGCAUUGUUGUAGACUACUGUGCUGUGGACAACCAAGGUUGCCAACAUGAAUGUGUUAACACUGAGGACUCCUAUUACUGUAAAUGCCACCCAGGGUUCAUUUUAAAUCCAGACAAAAGAACUUGCAGAAGACCAGACUAUUGUGCACUUCAGUAUCAUGGCUGUGAACAGGAAUGUGUUAAUACAGAUGAUUCCUAUUUUUGUCGAUGCCAAGAAGGGUUUAGACUUAGUCCAGAUAAGAAAACAUGCAAAAAAGUAAACUUCUGUGCUUUAGGUCAGCGUGACUGUGCACAUGAAUGUGUUAACAUGGAAGAGUCAUCUGUGUGCAAAUGUCCUCCUGGAUACACCCAGCAACAUGAUGGCAGUGCGUGCAGAAACGAUCUGUACCUCAUGAAUUGCAGAGUGGACCAUUGUGCUGAAAGCAAUCACGGCUGCGAGCAACUGUGCCUAAAUACUGAUGACUCCUAUGUCUGUCAGUGCUCUGAAGGAUUUGUCAUCAAUGAGGACCUAAAAACCUGCACACGAGUUGACUAUUGUGCUCUGAGUGAUCAUGGCUGUGAACAUUUGUGUGUAAAUGGUGACAGAUCAUACACUUGUCAGUGUUUCGAAGGAUACAGGCUUCGUAAUGAUGGGAAAACAUGUAAACAUAAAGACAUUUGCAGUUCAGUUGACCAUGGCUGUGAACAUGUUUGUGUUAAUGCUGAUGAGUCAUACAUCUGCCAGUGUUACGAGGGAUUUGCACUAAGGGAAGAUGGAAAAACAUGUAGAAAUAAGGACAUCUGCAAAUCAGUCAGUCAUGGCUGCGAACAUCUUUGUGUUAAUAAUGACGAUUCAUACACUUGUGAAUGCCGUGAUGGAUUUGUACUGAGGCAAGAUGGGAAAACAUGCCGAAGCAAGGAUAUUUGCAAAUCAGUCAACCACGGCUGUGAACAUUAUUGUGUUAACACUGGUGAUUCAUUUGUUUGUAAGUGUCAGGAUGGAUUCCUGCUAAGAGAAGAUGGAAAAACAUGCAAAACAUGCACUGAAGGCCCAGUUGACCUGGUGUUUGUGAUUGAUGGAUCCAAAAGUCUCGGAGAGGAUAAUUUUGAAAUUGUAAAACAAUUUGUCUCGGGAGUCUUGGAUUCACUUGAGAUUUCACCCAAAGCUGCUCGAGUUGGUCUGCUUCAGUAUUCCACUGAAGUCCGCACAGAGUUUACGUUAAGGCAGUUCAGCUCAGCCAAAGACAUGAAGAAAGCUGUAUCGCAAAUGAAGUACAUGGGGCGAGGUUCCAUGACAGGACUGGCUCUGAAGCAAAUGUUUGAGAGAAGUUUCACAGAAACGGAAGGAGCAAGACCACUUUCAGCAAAUGUCCCUCGAAUCUCCAUCGUGUUUACGGAUGGACGAGCCCAAGAUGAAGUCUCCGAAUGGGCUGCUAGAGCAAAGCGAAAUGGUAUAAUUAUCUAUGCCAUUGGAAUAGGAAAAGCAAUUGAGGAAGAACUGCUAGAAAUUGCUUCUGAGCCAUCAUAUAAACAUCUCUUCUAUGCUGAGGAUUUCACAGCUAUGGAGGACAUAAGUGAAGAGCUAAGAGUCCAAAUCUGUGAAGCCUUGAGAGAGUCAGCUCACCAGCAGGAUCCAUCGCCCGGGAGGCUUCAUAACACUGGUCCACUGCCUUCAGGACCUGAAUCAACCACAAUAGCCAUCACAGAUGUCAUUGCCUGUCCCAAUCUUGCAAUACACCACAAGUAUCUCUUUGAAGACAGUCACACUCACUCAGCAAGAACAACAGCAAAAGCUUCAAAAGAUAAAGACCAGUGCAAAUGUGAAAACCUUGUGACAUUCCAGAACUAUGCAACCAGUGAAGUAAGAAAACUCACCCAGCGACUAGAAGAAAUGACGAAGAGAAUGGAAGACUUGGAAAACAGGCUAAAAUACUGAUCAAAGUUUAAAGUGUAUACUACACUGUAUAUUUAUACAUACAAACUUGUCAGAGCUAUUUUCUUAAACUGGUUCAAAGUAAAAUAAC